AACCGGACUGUCAGUAAAAUGAUCUCAAGACAUGUUUUUAUUUGUGACAAUUUCAGUGAAGGUGACGCAAUUUUAAUGAUUUAUUGAAUGUUGACACCGCCUUCGCAAGUUAUUUACUGACGAUUCCUCGCUUUGAUUAUAUUUAACUAAUGAUACCUACUCUGAAUCAUCAAAUCAGUUGUUAUGAUCUGCGCGUCCACAAGUACUGAACAACCAACGCAACAUGGAAAAUUCAACUAACCUCAUACGAUUAACAGCAAGUCAAAUGCGGGAACUGAAACAGGUAAUCCACACGUUUGGAAUGGAUAGGUACUCAUUGGAUCUGUCUUUGGGGGCAGAAGAAAAUUUUGGAGGUAUUAUAAUUAAGGCUGAUGUAAAAUACAAGAGGAUCGGUGAUUGUGAACUUAACUUUAUCCUUAAAUGCGCAUCCCCUAGUGAAACUUUGCGUAAAUUGAUGUACGUGCACACCCCUUAUAUAAGAGAGAUUUAUUUGUACUCAAAGGUUCUACCGGAAUUUGUUUCUAUACAAAAGGAGUUUCAAAUCAAGAAACCUUUCGAAUCAUACGCAACCUACUACUCAUCAUUAAAAAUUGAUCGAGAAGAAAUGAUAAUACUACAAAACAUGAAGACCUUAGGAUUAAAGCAGCGGGAACGCCACCUCCCUCUAGAUUAUAAUCACGUACUAUUAACAGUUAAGGAAUACGCACGCUUACACGCAUUAUCUUAUGCAUUACACUACCACAGGCCUGAGCUAUUUGAAGAACUUGAACAAAACAUGGCUGAUCCCAUGUACUUCGACUUUAAGCUUGAAGGAGUCAGACAAGUUCUACAGCAUCGCUGUUCCGAAGCGUUAAAGGCGCUAAGUCCUACUGAAGAUCAGUCUGCGUAUCAGAAAUUGCUGUAUUUUUCCGAUAACGCCGUUUCGAUAGUAAUUAAACUGCUCAACUCAGCAAAUCCGCAUCGUGUCGUUAGCCACAUUGACUGUGGAAUUCCAAACCUUUUGUUUGAAUACGAGAAUGCUUCAAACGCCCCUAUCCGCGUUAUCAUGCUUGACUGGCAAGCAUCCCGUAUGGAAUCUCCUGCCGUGGACUUAGUGACAUUUCUAUUUUCUGCAACGGACAAAGCUACCAGAUAUCGUUAUAAUGAGCUAAUAUCGGAGUACUAUGGAUGUUUAUGUUCAUUUCUGGCCGAGUUCGGUUGUGAUGGCAAAAAGUUGUUGCCGUUCGAAGUUCUCCAGCAGCAGUUAAAGGAGUAUGGGAUAAUGGGUUUGUUUAUGGUUAUUGGAUUGAUUUACGUUUAUUCAACCGUGAACCAGAGGGUGCCAGAUAUCUAUAAGGAAGAAUCACAUGCUGAGGGUUUAUCAUUCCUGUAUGACCUGGACGACAGCUCAUGUUUCAGUAAACGAGUCCGGGAGGCUAUUCUGGAUUUUCAUAACUUAGGUUACAAUUUCAGUUAGCGUAUUAUCAUGCCGUGUUCAUUUAUUAGUAUUGUAAUAAUAAUUAUACAUAAAUCUUUUUACUGGUA